GCUUAUCUGCUCAACCCGAUCGCUGCAACUAUACCAAAGUUCCACCUAGUACCAAUGCUGACUGCGAUCGAUCUUACGGAGUAGUAAAGGCACCCGGUGGUCAAGAUGUUUGGUGUCUCUCUAAAUCGUGCCAUCUUGUACUGCUUGGGCUUGCACUUAACUUGCAGUGCCUUCGCUCUCCAAGUUCUCACUUGCAACGUUGACUUCUAUCCGCCUUCACUCCGUCAAAGAUGGCCCAGAUGACCCUGGCCACCGCAAUAUCGGGCUUUGCGACCCUCUCAGUAACGGUCCUGACACUGACCGUGCUGUAUUCCCUUAGUCUCGUUGUGUACCGGCUGUACCUGAGUCCGCUUGCACAAUUCCCCGGGCCAAAACUGGCCGCCGCCACCAACUGGUAUCAUAAGUACUUCGACCUAUUAGCCAAGCGCCAUGGGGGCCAGUUCCCGUUGGAAAUCAAGCGCAUGCAUGAGAAGUACGGGCCGAUCGUGCGAAUCGCUCCCGAUGAGCUUCACAUCGACGACCCGGAAUACUGGCAGGAGGUGUACUGCAACAGUAGCGCAGCAAGGCCUAUAGACAAGCAAGAAAAACUGCAAGAUCGUUUCGGUCUUCCCGAUGCCAUCUUCAGCACUCCCGGGGCGGAACUGCACCGCUCGCGGAGACAGGCAAUGGCUGGCUUCUUUUCGCGCCAGCGCUUGCGCGAAACUCAGGACAGAGUCAACCAACUCGUCGACCGGGUCUCCCAGCGUUUAUCGAAAGAGUAUGCCGGCUGCAAUCGCGUCCUCGAUAUAGGCGAUAUGUUUUCGUCCCUGGCGGUUGACAUAGUGACGGAACUGUGCUUCCGUCGCUGCACCAACUGUUCAGAGGCGCCAGACUUCAAGGCGCCGCUUGUUAACACGGUCAUAAACAACAUCUGGUUGAGCCACUGGAAUGCGCACUUCAGAUUUCUGAUAAAGUGGAUUGAACGGCUUCCAGAUGCCGCUAUCGCUACUUUGGUGCCUCUUAUCAAACCGAUCUUGGAUCUCAAGGUCAGCAUCGGCCAGCAGGUCGGUGAAAUACUCUCAGAAAUGGACAAGACUUCCAUCGGCACGAAGGACUUCCGCGGCUCAGAUCACGACACUAUUUUCGAUGAAAUGCUCGCAUCAAAGCUCCCAUCUAAUGAGCUCUCAUCCGACCGACUGACUCAGGAGGCGAUGGCCCUGACCACGGCGGGUGUGGAGACGGUGAAAGCAACCAUUACCUUCGCUAUUUUCCACGCCCUGGAUAACCCCUCUAUCGGAGCCCGUCUCAAGGCAGAACUGACGGAGGCUAUACCCGAUCCUGCCAUCAUCCCACGCUGGGUCGAGCUUGAAAGGCUACCCUAUCUAACCGCUGUUAUCAACGAAAGUUUGCGUUUGAGCUACGGUACGACGCAGCGUAGCCCAAGAAUCAACAGGCUGCACCCCAUGCAAUACGGACAAUGGGUCAUCCCACCCGGGACGGCAGUCGGCAUGGAUUCUUACCAUAUGCACAUCAAUGCAGAUGUAUUCCCAGAUCCAUUCGUCUUCCGUCCAGAGCGAUGGCUGGAUAAUCCAAAGGGUCCAAAUGGACGCCAACCAUUGACGAACUACCUCACCACUUUUGGCGCUGGCUCUAGGAUAUGCGUUGCCAUGCAUCUAGCUUACUUGGAGCUCUAUGUGGCGCUUGCUGUCAUGUUCCGUCGUCAUGAGCUGCAUCUCUUUGAGACUGAUCGGUCUGAUGUGGACUUCGCUCUGGACAUGGUAGCGCCCAUGCCACGCCGGGACAGCAGAGGUGUGAGAGUGACGGUGAGCAAGUGAACACUGUGGGAGGAGUUUUAUCGGCUUCUCCUAUAGAAUCCGUAUAUUAGCUCUAGCAUAUUAAAUAAAAAGUUUUACUUGUU